AGUGUGUCUUCUUCUGGCGGAAGUAAAGAAGAAAACAGCAAUGGCAGCGACCUUGUACAGAGCAUGGUGUUCAUAACAGUUUUAUGAGUAAACCUCUUUAAAAUGCUCGUGUAUGGACCCCACGAAGUGACAGCUCGGUGUUUGUAGUGUCUCAUUAAACGUUUACAUCAUGUUUUCCUUAGUGAAGGCUGCUGUCGGUGGACUGACCGGUAUCUGUAGAGCCAACGGUCACCAGCAAGGUCUUUUAUACAGCCACUUGAAAGUCCUCGCUGCUGGCCUGAAGACACAUGACAUUCCUCCAGACUACAGUGGUGUGGUGCUGCCAGAGAAGCCCAAACUUAAGUUUUUAGACAAGGUGCCCAAUGUUGUAAAGGCCAGGAAAGAGAUGAAGAGGCUACGGGAUAUCCAAGGCCCAGAGACAGUAGCAACUUCAUUCUCCUCAGGACAAUACGCUAUUGUGGCCUUGGGAGGGGGCUACCUUCAUUGGGGUCACAUGGAGAUGAUGCGUCUCACCAUCAACCGCAAGAUGGAUUCCCAGACUACAUUCGCCCGCUGGCGCAUCCGUGCCCCUUAUAAGCCCAUCACACGUAAAGGUCUGGGUCAGCGCAUGGGUGGGGGCAAGGGUGCCAUCGACCACUAUGUGACACCUGUCCGUUACGGUCGUCUUAUUGUGGAGGUGGGAGGAAAAGUGGAGCUGGGGGAGGUUGAGCCCAUCCUGACUGAGGUGGCAAAGAAACUACCCUUCCGUGCCAAGGUGGUGACCAGAGAGAGCCUGGCAGCCAUGAAACAGAAGCAGCGUGAAAGGGAGCAAAACAACCAGAAUCCCUGGACCUUUAAGGAGAUAGUGCAAGGAAACAUGCUGGGUAUCAGGAAGGUGCUCAGCCCCCUCGAGCUUCACAACCACGGACGCUUCAGCGGCAAAUUUCACAACAAGUCAAGGGUGUGACGGACCUUAGGGACAGAUCGAUACAGUGUCAUCCAAACCACACCAUUGAAGAGGCAACCAAAAUAUUCAGUCACAUUUGGGAGUCUUGUUUCAUUUUUGUUUUUCUACACAAACGCAUCAGUGAAUUGGACAGUUUGUUGUUUUGCUGCUUAAAAAAACGAAUAAACUAGAUUGUGUAUUUCA